CGCUUUAACUGGUAAAAGAAAAACCUCCCCAGCGGUUGAUUUCGCAUAUUAACACUAUCUAAUAUCCAGAGGAGACUCUGCUGUUGAGAUCUACGAGGCCUUAUGGCCCGAAGCGAUUGUAAACAAAGCGGCGGGAGCAAAGAGAGGAGCGCGACAGCGACGCGGACGGAGCGGUGGCGAGCGAGCGAACAGCAGCGGAAAAAAAAAACUCCAGCUCCUGGUGACAUUUUAUAUUCCGACACCGCGGCGGAAAAAACGGCGAAUUCGAGCGCUAAAAUGCCGGGAAUGAUGGAUAAAGGCUCGGAGUAUUUAGGGAAAGGUCGAUCCAACGGCACGAAGAGUCCGUCCAACGCUUCUAACGGACAUUUUUCUGACGAAAGCGGCAGCGACGACGAACACGAUGUGGGUAUGCGGGUCGGAGCGGAUUAUCAGGCCAAUAUUCCCGAGUUCGAGCCCGGCUCCACUAAGUACACAGAUAAAGACAGCGGAGGGAUGCUGGUUUGGUCUCCGUAUCACACCAUCGUCGACUCCAGGCUGGACGAAUACAUCGCUUUGGCCAAAGAGAAACAUGGAUACAACGUGGAGCAGGCCCUCGGCAUGCUUUUCUGGCACAAACACAACAUCGAGAAGUCUCUGGCCGACCUGCCGAACUUCACCCCGUUUCCAGACGAGUGGACGGUGGAGGACAAGGUGCUGUUUGAACAGGCCUUCAGCUUCCACGGCAAGAGCUUCCACCGCAUCCAGCAGAUGUUACCAGACAAAUCCAUCUCUAGUCUGGUGAAGUACUACUACUCCUGGAAGAAGACCCGCUCCAGAACCAGCCUGAUGGACCGGCAGGCCCGUAAACUGGCCAGCAGGAGCACGCAGGACGACAGUGAUGAGGAGAUGGAGGAGGCUCCUCCGAUCGAAGCCCAAGACAGCGACUAUGACCCCAGCAAGCUAACCAAGAAAGAGUUCAAACCCAGUUUGCCUUCUUCCCUCCAGAACCAGGUGGAGCCGGUGGUGCCCAACUCGAAGGUGGCGUUGGGUCGCCGGGAGCACCACACCCUGCAGCACCGGCACCACCAGCGCUCCCGCUGCCGCCCCCCGAAAGGCAUGUACCUCACCCAGGAGGACGUGGUGGCCGUCUCCUGCAGCUCCUCCGCCGCCAACACGCUCCUCCGUCAGCUGGACAUGGAGCUGGUGUCGCUCAAGAGACAGGUGCAGAACGCCAAGCAGAUGAACAGCGGGCUGAAGCACAUGUUGGAUUGUGGGAUUGAGGAGUUCAAACUGACGGAGUGUAACCAGAAGGUCAACGCCCGCUGGACCACAGACGAGCAGCUGCUGGCGGUUCAAGGCGUGAGGAAAUACGGGAAAGACUUCCAGGCCAUCGCUGACGUCAUCGGCAACAAGACGGUGGGCCAGGUGAAGAACUUCUUUGUGAACUACCGGCGGCGGUUCAACCUGGACGAGGUGCUGCAGGAGUGGGAGGCCGAGCAGGGAACGCGAGCUCCCAACGGGGACGGCGUGACCUCCGGGGAGGAGGGGAAGACGAGCUCCGCCACUCCGUCGGGGAAGAGCACCGACGAAGAGGACGAAGAGGGUCAGGUGACCUCCUCAGGGGCGUCUCCCGCUGCCUCGUCUUCCUCCUCUGCUCAGGUCGCAGCGACGUCCGGCACCUCCUCCCUCCACCAGCCCCCUCCCCUCCUGCGGCCCUCCCUCCCGGCAACGCCCUCCCUGCACCGCCAGCCUCCGCCCCUCCAGCAGCAGGCCCGCUUCCUGCAGCCCCGCCCCACCCUGCAGCAGCCCCCGCCACUCAUUCGCCCCUCCAACCCCAUGCCCCCACGCCUCAACCCACGCCCUCCCGCCCCCAUGUCCCUCGGCGGCAACCCCGGCGGGUCAGGUCCGAGCUCCGCCCAGCAGCCCCCCGGCGCGGCCGUCCACCAACCAGAGGCCUCCUCGUCUUCCUCGCUGCACUGACGAGCGUCGGACAGAGGUUCUGCCGAAGAGACACGAGAAAGAAAAUGUUCAAUCUGCCGCUGCGUUCAGGUCCCGUGGGAAAAUCGGAGCGAAGAGGUUUCAAAUCUUCUCUCCGCUAAAGAGCUUCGACUACAAGUCGAUCAGUCUUUGUGAAUUUGUCACUGAAAGCGUGCAGAUUAUUAAAGCUGAGCUUUGUCGGUCAGCAGACAUGUGGCGUCCCACAGGGUUCAAUCCUGGGUCCCUGCCUUUCCUCUUCAUCGUUAUGCCUCACUCGGACAUUUCUGCAUUAACUGCCAUAAACAAAGGCACGCGACAGCGGUACCUGUACAUUUCAACGUGACUUAUCAGUCCUCCUCAGCAGCAUAGUAGAAACUAAAAGCUGGAUGUUGCAGUAUUUUCUAAAUUAAUCUAAUUGAAAUGAGGUAAUAGUCUUAUAUAACUUUCAAUUAGGUUUUAAAUUCAACUUGAAUCAGCGUAUCUUCUUACAUUAAGAAAGUCAACAUUUACAUUUCAUUCAUUUCGUAAUCAUCUUUUAUGAGUUUUGCUCAUGAGUUCUCUAGGUUCAUGCGGAGUCUCUGCUGACUCUUGCGUUCCUCAACCCUCUUUUGUUGAUUGUUUCGAACAAAUAAUCCACCGACGACUGGCUCCCCAGAGGAUGAAUCCCUCUGGAUGUUAGUGUCCCGCCGAUCUUUCUUCUAGCGUCACCCGUAGGACUGACUUUACACUUUAAGCAAUGUUGUCUGAACACUGCAGCCUAGAAGUCACUAACGUGAUCACACAUCUUUACGAAGGGCUUUGCUUCACUACAUACAACCUUAAAGUUUAGAUACAAAUUAGGAUUAACUCGAGGCUAAAAGCUCUGUAUAUUUCCUAUUGUCAAACAAUCCCACGUUUACACUCAAACCAACGUUGUGUCUGACCGACUGUGCGUCACCCUAAAACCGUUUAGACAAACAAGCAGGAUGAAAUGCUUUAAUUGGGAACUAUCUUCAGCGGUGGAUUAAUCCCAGUUUGGUGAUCUUUUGGCAGCAGGACGGUGUGUGUGUGUGUGUGUGUGUGUGUGUGUGUGCGUGUGUGUGUGUGUGUGUGUGUGUGUGUGUGUGUGUGAGUGCGUUAGAAUAACCUACACUGUGUUGUCAUGGUGAUGAAGAAACGCCCAGUGAAGGAGCGCCUCUCCGACGGACAGAUGGAGGUCGAGCUGAGCGCCUCGCGAUCAGUAGCGUUAGACGAGUACAGUUCGGGGUCUAUUUGAAUGGUUUGGAACCUGCGGUCCCUCCAAUCGGCUGUCAGUAACUCAUUAACUCCGUGACAAACGUUUGAUAUGAAGCCUUUGUGAAAACCCUUAAAAGUCCUUGAAAUGAAAAAUGUCUGUCAGCCACAUGAGAAAAUGCUCCUCACUGCUCUUCUAAUUGUUCUGUUGUUGGAUUUAACUUCCUCACAGUAGCUGAUGUUUCUUUCCUUCCGUGUUGAGGAUUUAUUUUGAAUGUUUUACACUUAAAUGUUUAAUGUCAUCUGGGCAGUGAGCUUCAGAUGUGUUGUCUGUCUUUUUGUUAUUUAUUCUUCUUCCUGGUGCUAUCAGUUUGGACUUUGUGUGAAAAAAAAAAGUAAUUGUGAAAGUGCUCUUAAUGCUUUUUGGGCAAACGGGCAUCACAGCGUUAAAUGUAACUGGAGACAUAAAUAGAGUCCUUUUGAGUUUCAGUGCUACUUGUAAAAUAUUGCUGUUAAAAAUGUCUCAUUAAAAACUACAUUUGUAACUUCUGUUUGCCGAAACACAUCCCAGACUGUUUUAACAAUUAAAAAAAAAUUGAUAUA